AUGCUUGCCUCCGACGUCGCAACGACGAAGCCAAAGUACAGCUUCACCGACGACUACAGCGAGGGAGCCCAUCCCGACGUCCUCAAUGCGCUGCUGCUGAGCAACAACACCCAGGAGGUGGGCUACGGCCGCGACACUUACAGCGAGACGGCCCGCGAGCUGAUCCGCCGCCAUCUCGGCCGCGGCGACGUCGGCGUCUUCUUCGUGCCCAGCGGCACCUCGGCCAACGCAAUCUCCAUUGCCGCCUGUCUUCGCCCCCACGAGGCCGUCAUUGCCUGCAGCUCCGGCCACAUUGUCACGCGAGAGACGGGAGCCGUCGAGGCCAGCGGCCACAAGAUCAUCAACGUCGCCCCCAAGGAUGGCAAGAUGACGCCGGAAACCCUCACCAAGGCCCUCGACGACAACUGGCACUUCCCUCACAUGGCGAAACCCCGUCUCGUAUACAUCUCCAACGCCACCGAGAUUGGCACCAUCUACACAAAGGCCGAGCUGACGGCCCUGAAGCGCAUCUGCGAAGCCAAUGGUCUCCUGCUGUUUGCCGACGGUGCUCGCAUCGGCACUGCGCUCACGUCCAGUAUCAAUGACUUGACCCUGCGCGAUAUGCUUGAGCUCACCGACAUCUUCUGGAUCGGCGGCACCAAGAACGGCGCUCUUCUAGGCGAGGCCGUCGUGGUCAAGGACCACAAGCUGGCGGAGGACUUUGAGUUCUUCGUCAAGCAGCGUGGCUCUCUGCUGGCCAAGGGCCGUAUCAUGGGCGUGCAGUUUGCAGAACUGUUCCGAGAAGAGGAUUGCCUGUACUUCAAGCUCGCUCGGCAGGCCAACCUGUUGGCAGAGAAGCUGUCUCGGUCCAUCACCGGAGCCGGGUAUCAGCUCAGCGCUAAGACGGAGACAAACCAGGUUUUUGCCAUCCUACCUGUGGCCCUCGUCCAGGCUCUGCAGCAGGAAUUUUCAUUCUAUGUAUGGGAAAAGUACGGCGAAUUUGCCGUGGUCAGACUGCUGACCACUUGGGCGACCGACCCAGCCCAGCUGGAGAAAUUCAACAGUAUCAUCUUCAGCUGGAGGCCAGACGUGGAGCAGUAG